GGUAGUUGAUACUUGGUUGCUUGAAUUAAAACCUCAGCACUUACACUGGUCGAUUUCUCUCUUCUGUUUCCGUGUCUCUCUCUCUCUUCCUUCAUCUUCUUCCAUACGCGUCUUCUUCUUCUCCUCCUACAUUUUGCCCCUCUCUUUAAUUGUCUGCUGCUCUCCUUUCACUAUCUCUCGAUUUCUCUUACCCUUUUUUAUUUAUUGUCUUCUUACAUUUGGAGAACCAGAAAAAAAGAGGGAAAAGCCUGCAAAGCUAAUUUCAAUUUCAAUCAAACACCUUCUUCACACGGCUUCCCCCAUUUUGUUCUCUCUAAAUUUUGUUAAAGUUUUCCCCUUUUUUUCGCACGAACUGAAAGUUUUCCUUUCUUGCUCGAACAUAAAACCGGAGAAGUCUCACUCAAAAUCCUCUGAGAUUCGUCCGUGAAGCUGUUCAUUGCAUGUUUUGAUGGGAGUUGAAGCGACUGGAUCUCUUUAGCUGAGUUGACCCGGUUGCAGCACUCGGAAGCUAUCUCUCUAGAUUGCGUAUCGGUGAAUCCGCCAUUGCAUUCGAUUGUGUCGUGAAUAUGAAUACCGGUGGUCGGCUCAUCGCCGGUUCUCACAACAGGAACGAGUUCGUGUUAAUUAAUGCAGACGAGAGUGCCAGAAUAAGAUCAGUGGAAGAAAUAAGUGGGCAAACAUGUCAAAUCUGUGGAGAUGAGAUUGAGCUGACAGAUGAUGGAGAGUCUUUUGUGGCGUGUAAUGAAUGUGCAUUCCCUGUCUGUAGACCUUGCUACGAGUACGAGAGAAGAGAAGGAAACCAAUCUUGUCCUCAGUGCAAAACCCGCUUCAAGCGCAUCAAAGGGAGUCCAAGGGUUGAAGGAGAUGAGGAGGAUGAUGGAAUUGAUGAUCUUGACUUUGAGUUUGAUUAUAGGAGUGGCAUUGGAUCUGAACAGGCUACUGACACUUUCUCUCGCCGCAACUCUGAGUUUGAUCUGGCUUCUGCUCCUCCUGGCUCUCAGAUUCCAUUGUUAACUUACGGAGAUGAGGAUGUUGAGAUAUCAUCAGAUAGGCAUGCUCUUAUUGUUUCUCCAUCACCUGGUCAUGUCAAUAGGUUUCAUCAAGCGCCUUUUGCUGACUCCGCCGCACAUCCAAGACCAAUGGUACCUCAAAAAGACCUCGCGGUUUACGGAUAUGGAAGUGUCGCAUGGAAGGAUCGAAUGGAGGAGUGGAAGAGAAAGCAGAACGAGAAAUUUCAGGUGGUUCAACAUGAUGGAGACUCUAGCUUAGGCGAUGGAGAUGAUGCUGAGAUCCCCAUGAUGGAUGAGGGAAGGCAGCCUCUGUCUAGGAAAGUACCUAUAAAGUCGAGCAAGAUAAAUCCGUACAGGAUGCUAAUCAUUCUGCGUCUUGUGAUUCUCGGUCUCUUCUUCCAUUACCGUAUCCUUCACCCAGUCAAAGAUGCUUACCCAUUGUGGUUAAUAUCCGUGAUAUGCGAGAUUUGGUUUGCGGUUUCAUGGGUUCUUGAUCAGUUCCCUAAGUGGUAUCCUAUAGAGAGAGAGACAUACUUGGACCGGCUCUCGCUGAGGUACGAGAAAGAAGGGAAACCAUCUGAACUAGCCGGUGUGGAUGUGUUUGUGAGUACGGUGGAUCCGUUGAAAGAGCCUCCGCUUAUUACAGCAAACACCGUCCUGUCUAUUCUUGCCGUUGAUUAUCCGGUAGACAGGGUUGCUUGUUAUGUCUCUGAUGAUGGUGCUGCUAUGCUCACUUUUGAAGCACUCUCAGAAACAGCUGAAUUCGCAAGGAAGUGGGUUCCUUUCUGCAAGAAGUACAAUAUCGAGCCACGCGCUCCCGAGUGGUACUUUUGCCUCAAAAUGGAUUAUCUAAAGAAUAAAGUUCAUCCUGCGUUUGUUAGGGAACGCAGAGCCAUGAAGAGAGACUAUGAAGAGUUCAAGGUUAAGAUCAAUGCUUUAGUUGCGACAGCACAGAAAGUGCCUGAAGAAGGCUGGACUAUGCAAGACGGUACUCCUUGGCCUGGUAAUAACGUCCGAGAUCAUCCAGGCAUGAUCCAGGUCUUCCUUGGAAAUAACGGUGUUCGCGACGUUGAAAACCACGAGCUGCCUCGGCUGGUUUAUGUUUCUCGUGAGAAGAGACCAGGAUUUGAACAUCAUAAGAAGGCUGGAGCCAUGAAUUCUUUGAUACGAGUCUCGGGAGUUCUAUCAAACGCUCCUUACCUUCUAAAUGUGGAUUGUGAUCACUACAUCAACAAUAGCAAAGCUAUUAGAGAAGCAAUGUGUUUCAUGAUGGAUCCUCAGUCGGGAAAGAAAAUCUGUUACGUUCAGUUCCCUCAGAGAUUCGAUGGGAUCGAUAGACACGACAGAUACUCUAAUCGCAAUGUUGUAUUCUUCGAUAUUAACAUGAAAGGCUUGGAUGGACUACAAGGGCCUAUAUACGUCGGAACAGGGUGUGUUUUUAGGAGACAAGCACUUUACGGAUACGAUGCGCCGAAAAAGAAGAAGACUCGGCGCAUGACUUGCAACUGCUGGCCUAAAUGGUGUCUCUUUUGCUGUGGGUUGAGAAAGAAUCGUAAGGCAAAGACAACGGAUAAGAAAAAGAAGAACAGAGAGGCCUCGAAGCAGAUACACGCGCUAGAAAACAUCGAAGAGGGCGGCACCAACGGCACUAAUAAUAAUGCGGUGAAAUCGCCAGAGGCGGCGCAAAUGAAGUUGGAGAAGAAGUUUGGGCAGUCUCCUGUUUUUGUUGCCUCUGCUGUUAUGGAGAAUGGUGGGCUUGCUAGGAACGCGAGUCCUGCUUCUCUGCUUAGAGAAGCCAUCCAAGUCAUUAGCUGUGGCUACGAAGAUAAAACCGAAUGGGGAAAAGAGAUUGGGUGGAUCUACGGUUCUGUCACUGAGGAUAUCCUUACGGGAUUCAAGAUGCAUUCUCAUGGCUGGAGAUCAGUUUACUGCACGCCAAAGAUACCGGCUUUCAAAGGAUCAGCGCCUAUCAAUCUCUCCGACCGUCUUCAUCAAGUUCUCCGGUGGGCGCUCGGGUCUGUUGAGAUCUUCAUGAGCAGGCAUUGCCCUAUAUGGUACGGUUAUGGAGGCGGUUUGAAAUGGCUUGAGAGAUUGUCUUACAUCAACUCUGUGAUUAGUAACUAUGCGAGUAUCCUCUUCAUGGCGCUAUUCGCGUCGAUUGCUGUAACGGGGAUUCUUGAGAUGCAAUGGGGUAAAGUUAGGAUCGAUGAUUGGUGGAGAAACGAACAGUUUUGGGUAAUCGGAGGCGUUUCAGCUCAUCUCUUUGCUCUCUUCCAAGGCCUUCUCAAGGUUUUAGCUGGUGUCAACACAAACUUCACAGUCACAUCUAAAGCAGCAGACGAUGGUGAAUUCUCUGAGCUCUACAUCUUCAAAUGGACCUCUCUCUUGAUCCCUCCGACCACGCUCCUCAUCAUCAACGUGAUCGGAGUCAUUGUCGGAAUCUCUGAUGCGAUCAGUAACGGAUAUGACUCGUGGGGGCCGCUUUUCGGGAGACUGUUCUUUGCGCUUUGGGUCAUACUCCAUCUUUAUCCUUUCCUUAAAGGUUUGCUUGGGAAACAAGACAGGAUGCCUACUAUCAUUCUUGUCUGGUCGAUCCUUCUCGCAUCUAUCCUCACGCUUCUUUGGGUCCGAGUCAAUCCUUUUGUGGCGAAAGGCGGUCCGAUCCUCGAGAUCUGCGGUUUGGACUGUCUUUGAUACAUAAACGUUUUUUCCACAGAGGUAAGUAAAGAGGAAAAUUCGUUUUUACUGUGUUUACUAUUAUUGUUGGGGAGAAAAAGCCCUAUUAGAUUGAACCAAAUUAUAAAAAAAAAUUAGAUAUAUAUAAUGUUAUUUUUGGAAGAAGGUGUUGUAUUGUAGUCUAUAAUUUGUAGAUAUAGAAGAAGAAGAUAUGUUGUCUAUUUAGUUCUUGUUAUUUAUUUUUGGGCGAAAGUGAAACAGAAAAGAGAGAUGUGUUAUAUUAUCAAUUCUUUAAUUGAAUAUUUUGAGCAAUCUUAUGCAUAUUCCAGAUAACAAAAGACUGACGGUUUUUUUCUGUACUUGUUGAGAAGAAGAUAUUUG